UAUUUCUUGCGUUCUAUCUGCAGACGCUAGAGGGAACGUAGUCAUUCCAGUGUUUUUUAUAUUCCAGUUUUUCUUCCUGUCUGUGUGACUUGUGACCUUCUGUCAGUUCGGUCUUUGUCACUUUUCACUUUGUCAUCGAAAUCACGAAAGCAUCCAAUGAAACCAUGGUGAUUUGAAAAUGACACUAUAAAUUCAAUUCAAAUUGAGAUUCUCAUCCUCAAUUUUUUGCACAACGUAAUUUCUAAAAUUUUCAUUUGAUUUGUUUGUAUUCUCAUUCUUACGGUAUUUCAGCAUUCAAAGUGAUGCAGGUAGUAAUCAAAUUUCAUUAAAAAUUUAAGCCUGAUGUGAUUCUAGGAUCAUUUAAAUAAAUUAAAAAUGUUUGAAGAGAAGAAAACACAAUUUGUGUCUUCUAUAAAAAUAAAAGGAAUACACCUUUUACCUCCUGUGAUAAAUAAUAAGCAACGUUCUGAACUUCAGAGAUACAAACAACAAGCCAUCAAACUAGAAAAACGUUUGGACAACUGCAGAGAAUUGAAGAAAAACCUUGAAGAACUCCUAAGCCUCCAAUCUUUCUCUGAUAGACCCAUAUCAGCUGUUACAUUCAAUGACAACAGUCAUCUUGAUGCUUUGGGCUUAUCAACAUCAAGAAGAAAUUCUCACUCAAAAAGACCUAUGAAACUCAGCCAUGACAUUGUAGAUGUGUCUGAAUAUAGCAGUGAUGGCAUCAAAUUAAUUGAUGAGAUAGGGACAAAUAGUACUGAUUUGAGUGAAGGACAUUCACUCCAUAACAUGAACAGUAAAGAAUUUAAUGAAACUGACACAUCUCUAAAUAUAUCUACUGAAAUCAUGAUUUCACAACCCACAAGCAGUCAAGCACCAAUUAUCAAUAAUUCUGUUGAUCAGAUUUGUCCUGUAUUAGAUUUAAGUGAAGUCAUUGAGGGCACAAGGAGUUCACCACUGAAUGAUACUUCCCAAAACAUAUCUCCUAUAUUGUCAGCUAAACCCAGACUGAUUAGAAGUAAUUCUUAUAUUUUGGAGGCUCCAAGCCCUAUAUUGCUAGCACACCUUGAAAAAUAUGGUAAUGUUGAAGAAUUGAACACUGGAGAGCAAUCAAAUAAAUCACACUACUGGUCUUCCUUUGAAACCAAUGAUAUUCCAAGUUACAUUCCUUUGGAGAAUAGUGAGUUUAGUAGCAUGAAUACUGUUUACAACAAUGACAUGAACAAAACUGAGGAUUCUCUAAAGAAUAAAGGCAGUGAUAUUCCUAGAAUUGAGGUAAUUCAAACAGACAUUUCUGUUCAACAAAUAACCCUAAAUGGAGAUUCUGAAACUAAUGAAAACCUGUUGAAAAACACUUUGAAUCUCUCAGAUUCUGAUAGUAGGUUGAUGGAAGCAUUGAAGACUAUUCCUGAGGAAUACUCUAAACAAAUCAUUGAUUUGAUUGAAAAACAACACUUGGAACAAUACAGUAAGGUAGAUAAUUUCAGAAAAACAAAGGAACAGUUUUUGGAUGCCAACACUUCACAGACUCCUGGACCAAAGGAAGUAAAAGAAUAUAAUUAUGGGUUCACUCCACAAAAAGAUAGACCCUGUGAUGAUCUAUCCACUAUCAGUAGGUCUUCUAGGAUAUCUUCUUUAUCACCCAGCCAAUCAAUUUAUUACAGUGGAUCUGCCUCUGGUACCUUGAUGCCUACAACACCUUGUUCUGAUCUGAUGAAUCUUGAAGAAGAAAAUGAUGCAACAAACAAAAUUGGAAGAUUUGAUACUGCAGAAGAAUCUCUGAAAAAUUUGGAAGACAAUUUUAGUUUGCAACUCUCAUGUGAGAAGUCUUAUAAAGAAUUGUUUCCUGAACUGCAGAAGGAAUGGGCUGCUAGUGUUAUAUGUGCCCAUGUGAGGGGAUAUCUUACCAGAAGACUGCUUAAAACAGAAAGGGUGCAAAAUCUAAUAGAGACCAUCAAGGAUGCACUCUUGUGUGCCAUACAGUUACAUAAUGCCGAAAAUAUUGAUGAGUCAGAUGUUGAAUUGCAUAGGAGAUUGAUGAACCAAGUUUCCGCCGCAUGCUACGCAUUCCACGACGUCUUCUUCACUUUGUCCGUUUCGGAACAGAUGUCACUGAUAUCAGUUGACAGGCAGAGGAAAAUCGACAAGGCGAAACGGCCCGUUUCCGCACCUACUCCUCGAAGAUCCCGAUCAAAUUCUAGUCGAUCGUCGACCAAAAGUUUAACGCCCAUGUCAAGGAGUUUAACCAAAGUUUGAGGAGUAGGUAUUUGUUUUCAUGCUGGAUUUUUGUGAAGCGAGAAAUCCAGUGAAAUUCUUGGAGGGUUGAACAUUGAAAACUAGAUGAUACAAAUUAAGAUCCAAAUACAUUUUUCGCACUUUAUAUAUUUUUUCAGGAAACUGCAUAUAUUUUUGCGUUAUUCACGAAUGUCAUAAUUUUUGACUAUGAGUUUAUUGUGAUUAUGCGGAUUUGUUGCAGACAAACAUUGAAUUGAAAUGAAACAUGGAAUUAUAAAAGAGGAAGUUUUUUUUCUACAGCGUGUCUCACUUUAAACGGCCCCCCUCUAUAUCUCAGUUAUUAGUCAUGCGAUUCCAACCAACUUUGGUGUGGUAUAAAUAACCAUCAAUAUGCUCAGUUUUACAGAGAUGCACAUUAUUUUGGGCAGUGCCGUGCGUUUUUAUUGAACUAAAUAUGGGUCGAUUUUUCAUAAAAUCAUAUUAGGCAUUUUUACAGGAAAUCUAACCUCAUAUUAUUGUUCCUCAUGCUUUCGAACCUCCAUAUGCAAAAAAUCACCUAAUUCCGAAUCAACAGGAUUGGCUUCAUUUUUUUUCAUUUUCAGUCUUGAAUAAAUAGUGACUUCAAAUCAACUACGAAUUUUGGAACGUUCAAUGGCUCCGGUAGGUGGAAAAUCAUGAUUUGGAAGGAAAAACGAGUUAUACUUUUUUAUGUUGAACUCACCGUUUCCGAGUAAAUAAUUAUUACGUUCGCAAAAAUGCUGUUUAGAUGUGCCUGUUUUUCUGAAACCCUUCAUAGGCAUCUUAUGAAAAUCCACAUGUGUGGGUUUGAAACCAUGAAAAACAAUAUUAUGAGCUCAGUUUUCCUGUGAAAAAAUGCCUAAUAUGAUUUAAUAAAAAACUGACCCCUAUUCAUUUCAAUAAAAAUGCACGGCACUGUCUAAAAUGAUGUUCGUCUUUGAAGAACUGGUCAUAUUGAUGAUGAUUCAUACCGAUACAAAUCUGGUAAAGAUCGCACGACUGACAGCUGAGAUAUAGAGGAGAGGCCGUUUGAAAUGAGACAUGCUGUAUAUAAGAAUGGUAUUGGAGAUGGUGGUCCAGAAGUUUAGGAUUGAAAACAUAACACUAAUUUUAAUGAAAUUAAUACCUUCCACAUUCAUCAAACGAUUAAUAAUUGAGGAGUGAGAUUGAAUAUUGGAAUGAUGUAUAAAAAGUUGGGUUCUUCAAACAUUUUACAAAACAAAGUGACAAUUGAUUUUCUCUCUUGUUUUAUAAUAGUGCAAUUUUUGAAUGCAGUUACAUUUUGGGGAAAAUCAUCUGAUUUGUGCAUACUACACAUAAAUAUAUCAAAACAGUGCUAUUAUUUUUAAUUGUCAUAAUCAUAAUCAAAAGAUAAAUUUCAACAUUCUGGACUAUUCAUUGUAUUCAUCAUUAAAAAAAACUAUUUUCAUUAUAGCAGUUCUUAAUCACGAAAAGGAUAUCUAUGGGAGAUAAUGAUACAAUCUUUUGUUUGUUCCUUCCUUGUAAAAUCAGAUACUAUGUUGAUAUGUGUUACUGAAAAGUUGUAGAACCUGACUGAACUGUCUUUUCCAUUGCCUACACAUUUUGUGAUAUUGUAUUUUUGUAGUAUUUUUUAGUAUUUUUAGAAAGUUGAAUUACAAACUGCCUUGCAAACAAUAAACGUGAUUUCUACUGAUAAAUAUUUUUUAUUCAAUUAAGCUUCCUGUUAUUAAUUUUGAAAUUAUAAGCCAACAAACUGGUGUUGAAAAUGUAUAUACAAUUCACGAAAUAGUACUUAGAUAUUACAAUAAUAACUUAGAGACCUUGCAUCACAAUAAACAAAACAAUCAGUAUUUUUUACAAAUGAUGACACUUCAGAUCAUCUCAGAAAACAAUUUCAAAAUACAACAAUUAUGAAGGCACAUAACAAACUUUACGUUCUAAGUUCUAUAAUAUAUGUAUAUAGUCUGUGUAAAUUAUCACUUAGUACGGAAUGAUUCUAAAAACCAAUAUUUACAUGUUACACAUUUUGAUUUGGCUAAAAUUAGUAAUUCAUGUCCUAUAAUACCCAUACAUAAAAAUUUAAUAUGACAACAUGAAAUUUAUAAAGAAGAAAUUGUAUAAAUAUUUCAAAACAUGGCAGUAUGGACCAUUGAGAACAAAAUAUAAAUUAUCAUCAGAUCAUGAGGUUUACUCAUCUCAACUUUUUUAUUUAAUGCAUAUUAAUGCGAUUAUACACACACUGGCACAAUUAGGGGAACGGGUAAAAUUUACACUAAGUUUGACAUCAAUUUUCUCUCGAACCGAUCACUGGAUUCGAAUUUGUUUUUCACGAAUUGUAGCUUCAUUCUUCACGAAUACAUCUGAGAAAUAACCACCUCCAAACGAUUCGUCUUUAUAUCAUAUACAGGGGUGUAAAGAAAGUACGGAUUUUUCGGUAUUCUUCAAGAUAUCCUGUGGAGUGAACCACUGAUAAUUGAAACGAUUUUCCAACACCAAAUUAUAGCCCAAUCUAUCCCGAAUAUUUUCGUUUUUUAUCCAUCUUCAUAUCCCAAUUAUCCAAGAAAAUAUAGAGUUUCAAAGAAGAGGUGGAUAUUGGUAUUAAUUUUACCACCUCGAAACUCGAACUGGGGAGAACGUGUCGUUUUUCAACUUGUUUCUGUGAGAAUUUUCACUUCAAGAUGAGAAUUGUUCACAGUUUUACCUAUCGGUUUACUGUUUAAAGACACAUAUACGAAUACUCUCAUAAAUAUACAGGGGUGAUAAAAGUUGCUCCAAUAUUCUUUCGAAAUGCUAUUUUUGUUAAUCAACGUUGGCUAUUUUGUUAAUGUCAUUAAUUAUUGUCAAAGUCAAGCGAUUCACAAUUCAUAAAUUUGAUUAAUGAAAAUUCAACGUGAGAGAUUUGACUCCUACUGAUGUGGCGAGGGCUGUAGCAUUAAUUGAAAAUGACCAGUGGGCCAAUGUUCUUUUAACAUAAUGAGAACCGCAUCUGCACCAAUUCAAUAGAUGGCAGGGAAAGACUAUAUCGCCGAGGUGAACAAAAUGAACAAUUUGAUUUUACUGCUAUGGCAAAGGUUUAGUCAUGGUUAGGUUAGGUUAGUCAAGAAACCACACAUUUUCAGAUCCAAUUUGAGUUUUGAGGUGUGAAAUUGAUACCAAUAUCCACAUUUCCUUUGAAACUCUGUAUUUUCUUGAAUAAUUGAGAUAUCAAGAUGAAUAAAAAACGAAAAUAUUCAGAAUAGAUUGGGCUCCAAUUUGGUGUUGAGAAAACGUAUCAAUUAUCAGUGGUUCAGUCCACAGGAUGUCUAAAAAAAUACCGAAAAAUCCGUACUUUCUUUACACCCCUGUAUAUGAUGGAAAGACUCAUCGUUCGAACGUAAUUAUUUCUCAGAUGUAUUCGUGGAGAAUGAAGCUACAUUUCGUGAAGAAAAAAAUUUGAAUCGAGCGAUCGGUUCGAAAGAAAAUUGAUGUCAAACUUAGUGUACAUUUUGCCCGUUCCCCUAAUUGUGCCAGUGUGUGUAGUUAUUUCUUUAAUAUGCACGGUGAUGUGAUAUAUUGGAAACACACAAAAUAUCUGAAAUGUUUUGAAAAUGAACAAUAAAACAAUUCUGCAGAAUUCGUCCCCUCCGAGAUUCUUCUACCAGUGACAUCAUGCACGUAGUAGGACGAUUUUGAAACUGGAAACUGACAUACUGUGUUAUGAUUGUAGUUUAGAAUAACUUCUUGUAUUGCAGUUUUGUGUUUUCGAAAAAUUGUUAUUUGGAACUGUAUCAUUCCAAAUGGUCCAUAGUUCCAGAUGUUUCACAUAUUUGAAGUCAACCCACCCCUGUAUAAAGUGUCUUUUCUACCAUUCAUCUCAAUAUCCUCAUACAUAGUACUUUCAUAAAUAUAAGUUUAUCUCUUCCAUUCCAACGCUUAGAAAUGUAAUUUUCAAUGCCCUCAUGAAUUAGUUAUGAAAUAACGUUUUUAACUUCCCUUCAUAACAUUAUAGCGAAAAAGGGUAAAACUUAAGUUUCGUCUGUAAUUCCCAUUUCAUCAGGUGUUCCGUAUAUAAUUUCAAGAAAUAAUCCAAUUUCCACCCAUAAUAUUUGUCGAUAUAUUUGUUGAAGACGUCAUUUCAAGUACCAUUGCUAACUAUAGGGGUAAUCUGUGACUAUAUGCUGUUAGAGCCAAAUUUCAUCAUAUUAGAUUUGUCAGUAAAUCUUAUGUCGCUAUACUGGCGUUCCGCCUGAUUUCUAAAUUCAAUAACGUAACGUAACGCAAGUACUUCCGUUACACGAUAGAAGAUAAAAUAUAGGAUUUUUCCAGUACUUUUAAUAGAAUAUCGUUCCGCAAAACACUGAUCGUGGCUGCAACGCGAGAGAUGCUUAUGUCCAUCUUUAUGUUCGCAUGUCAUAAAAAAGAAAUAAAUUCUUGACCUGGGUCUAUUCCCGGUAAAACGGGAAGUAAUUUUCAAUUGUUUCAUCAAGGAAAAUAUGGGUUUUGACGAACAAUAAAUAUAUUCAAAUUUCAAAUGUCUAUGACUUAAAAACAACUGAAUGACGUCCUGGCCAAUGAUUUCGUGGUCACACUGUAUACACCCGAUUUAGUUCAUUCUAAAUAAUGGCGCCGUUUUUAAAUGCCAAGUGAAAAAACGACCCUGUAUUCUUAUUUGCUUUCUCGUACUACUGAUAGAUUGUGUAAUGAAUAACGUAUGGAAUUACUCACCAAGAAAUUUAUUCGGGAUGAUAAAGAAAUAUGAAAUAGUUUGUUUUCUACAAAAUCUUGGUACUUACUUAUGGUAUAUACUACUUCAGAACCAACUAAUAGUCGCAGCAUCAUCCUUCUAAAAAUCCAAAAUUCUGCCGAAUAUUCUACACAGAAAUCAUUCGAUUGAUUCACGUGUCACUUAACUUCACUUUUGAACAAAAUCCACUUUUUCUAACCACAUCAUGAAAUACACACAAAAAAACUCAGUUGUAUUAUAUUAUACACACAAUGAAACUGAUACAAAACCCGGUAUAUUAAAAGGAAAAGUAAAUUCCGAGGUAAAUUCACUGUCAAAUCACAAUAAUUAUCACUGCAGUCUGCACUGAAACUCACACAACACCCGGUAUACAAAACGAAAAAAUGGUCCGCAUCAUAUCCGCACCCACCGAAAACCGUUUGCAAACUGUUUCAUAUUUCUUUAUCAUCCCGAAUAAAUUUCUUGGUGAGUAAUGCCAUACGUUAUUCAUUACACAAUCUAUCAGUAGUAUGAGGAAGCAAACAAGAAUACAGGGUCGAUUUUUCAUUUGGCAUUUAAAAACGAGUUUCAGUGCAGAGUGAAUUUACCACGGAAUUUACUUUUCCUUUUAAUAUACCGGGUUUUGUAUCAGUUUUAGUGUGUAUAUAACAUGAUACAACUGAGUUUUUUUGUGUGUAUUUCAUGAUGUGGUUAGAAAAAGUGGAGUUUGUUCAAAAGUGAAGUUGAGUGACACGUGAAUCAAUCGAAUGAUUUCUGUGUAGAAUAUUCGGCAGAAUUUUGGAUUUUUAUAAGGAUGAUGCUGCGACUAUUAGUUGGUUCUGAAGUAGUAUAUACCAUAAGUAAGUACCAAGAUUUUGUAGAAAACCUUUCUCUAUGGAUUUUGUAGUAUACGGGGUAUGUCACGACGAGCAUUACACUAUCUUUAUAUCGAGUCCCAACAAAAAUAAUAACACAAAUUAUUAUGUCAAGAUUGACGAGUGUCAAAUUCAGGAAAAUCUAUAAAUGUCAACUUUAUUUCAUCGUCUUACGGUACCGAUUGCAGAACGUUGAAAGAUGCGUAAUGGAAUCUAUAAAUCAGGGGUAAAACUAUGAAUUCAAGAGUUUUUUCUGAACUAAAAAAAAAUGUGUUUAAUGAAUUCUCAUACACCGAGAAGUAAAUUUGACUGUUGAAAAGGACCCCGCACGAAAACAUGGAAGUUUGGCUCUCGGUCGAAUUGGCUGAAAUGUUGCUAUGCUAUGUUGUUAUGGGAUGGCUCAUUAGUAAGAUAUGUGAGUUUAAUGUGAGUUUAAAAAGUUUUGUAUGGUUAGUUUCUGAGAUAUAAGCCGACAAAGUUCGUAAAAACAAAGUAAGCUGGAAAAUUUAUUGAUCGGGACUGAUAAACAUGUCUAGUUAUAACCACAUAAAUUAUAGCAAAUCAGGUUGUAUACGAGACACGGUCAAGAAAUUCCGAAAAAUGAAUUUUUUUUGACCGUGCCUCGUAUACACCCUGGUUUACUUUAUGUGGUUAUAACUAUACAGGACAGGGAGAAAAUAAUACAGUCAACUCCACCAAAACUAUAACUAUAAAGUAUAUUAUAGGUAUAGUUUUGGUGUAGUUCCGAUCAAUACAUUUUCUAGCUUACUUUGUCAUAUUUAUACUGGAAAAACUGUUUUUUUUUUCUUUGUCAAUCCUACCCCGAUACGACGAUUUUACGAAUUUUGUCUGCUUAUCACUCAGAAACUAAGCAUACAAAACUUUUUAAACUAAAAUAUUUUCCUAAUUAUACAAAUCAAUUCAUCGAUUUUAUAACUCUUGCCGUUUCAAUGAAGAAUCACUAACAAUCAUACAACAUAUUUUAAUGAAAAUAAUGAUGAACAACACGAAUUCUCUAUGAAUAUUUCAACCUCCGAAAAGAAUCUUGUUCUAUGCUUACCAAUUCGAAUUAACCAUUCUUAUAACCACAUAAUAUUCAAAGUAUCUAUGAACCUUCAGAUGAUCCUUUCAACACACUAAUGAAGAUAUUAUGUUAUGCAAAUUAAUAAUCAUCAGAACGGAUUUUGCUCUUUUUUACCUAUCUAGUUUCAAAUUUGAGAACACCGAUUUCAAUAGAAACAAAGACAUCAACGUCAGAAGCGUAAAUUUGGGGCAAUCUUUUCGAUUUUUGCUUUACCAUUUAUGAAAAUACUACGAUUUUGUGGAAAUGGCAAUACGGUGAAUCAGUUGUUUGAAGAUCAUUUCCAUCUAAAGUUUACAGACACACCCUGUAAAGAAUACUAUCGAAAAUGUGAGAAAAACAUCAUGAAAUUCGAGAUAAACAUGCACUCAAUCUUUCCCACCUUGAUUGAUUUUGUACUCCGUAGGUUAACAGACACGCGCUUAAGUGAGGUUAGGACUGUUUGGAUUUAUGUACAACUUUGACUAUUUGAAAUGACUAAUUUUCACUUUCGACUAUGUUGUAGUAAUGUGAAAGACAGGUCCAAUUCUCAGGAAGACUCUCCUCAAUAUGGACCGGAGUUCUGCCUUGAGAUCAACACAGACUAUUUCGCACAACAGCGGGUAAUAACUGGAUACAUGGGCUGC